AUGAAGCCGGGAAAAAGUUCAGAAACUCGUGAAGAGAUAGCUGAGGUCCAUGCCGUUGCUCGUUCCCCAUCUCCUAAGCAAAAAUCCAAGUCCAGAGGCCGCAGUAGAUCUGGUUCUCGCAAGCUUUCCAACGGUCACGUCGAAACCAAUGAAGACCCAAAUGAACCAUCAGACAAGGCGAAAACUCGUGGUACCUGGACGAAAUCAGAACAAGAAUCUGUAGACACCGAACUGCCUAUACAUGAUCAAAUAAAAAUGGACAUAUUAGGUUUUGUUGAGAAGGAAUUUAAGAAAACUGAUAAGCCACCAUCAUUUGUGUUUUAUUCCCAUGAUCCCAAUGGACUUGAUGAGAAAAUGAAGACUCUAUCUAGACCUUCUAGUGGUCAUAGGGAGAAGCGUAGUCCAUCCUAUAGAAAGAAGAAACGGCAUUCCUCGAAACACAGAGAUAGAGAUUUGCAUGACUUUGAAGUUCCUGGUUCUAGUCUUAUAGCUCUAGAAAAGGUGGAUGAUUAUCUUAAGGAGUAUAACAAAGAUGAAGUAGUAACUCUAAGUGGUGAGUUAGAGAUAGAAGCACAUGAUGUUGAGAACAAUAAUGGUUCAUCAAGGGAACUGAGGCAUAAGCCUAGGAAGACAAGACGGAGAGUUCGAGAGGAACGUCAUGACAAUAAUUCUAAUGGGAGAGAUGUUAGCCCUAAAGUGUUUAAGACUGCUAGUAAGAGUAAAUCAAGUAAAUCCACCCGUCCCGCAGAUCUUACAACAAUGCUAGAAAGCCUACAAGCGAGUGUCCCCUAUCAUGACCAGUAUAUUGACAAUCCAUUUUCUUCACCAUCACCACUCACAUCUCCAAAUGAUGAACGGUUGGACCCAUUUUCAAGGAGACCUGAGAAGAUAUACCUACAAGGUGGUGGUACAUUUAGAAUGGUUUCUAGAGAACGGAUAAUGGAAUCUCAACAGUCAAGGGAGGAAGAGAAAUAUGCUAGGUUAGGUGAGCCGACCCCCCUAGACGUCGCCCUAACUGUUCAAAAGGCAUGGCGUUCAUGCGCGGGCGCAUGCCACGGUGUUCUCGGUGGAUUAUCCCUAAUGCAUUUGCUACUUAUUAGCUACUCCGACAGCCUGGAUGCUGGUCAUUUGUCCUUCCAUGCCGUGGUCACCAUGCCAUAUGUGGCGGCAUAUUAUUUCUUCUGCGUGCUGUGUUUGGUCUCUGUGUUGGAUCGCCUAGACCUUACUAUAGAUGCUACACGCGGGCUGCAGCCGUGGUUUCAACCGAUAGUACUAGUGAUACUGUAUACUGCGUGCCUUCUGGUCUGCUCGGCAGCCAGAGUUUAUGAUGAGCUGAUGGUAUACCAGUAUGCACCACUUGUGGCCAAUGUUACUGGAAACAUGACUGUGCCAACAAUACCUACAUUCUACCACACAUGGACGCACUUUUCAAUAUGGCGAGCGGUUCUCUCCAUCCUGGGCCUGGUGUAUUUCGUAAUAUCGAGUCCUCAAGACAUGUUGUAUGUGAAUUUGCAUAAAUUACUACAAUACAAACACCCGCUGCAAAGUAUCGGAUGA